CUCCUUUGUACUGGAACAACGCACUCUCUCUUUGUAUUCCGAUGCUCUACUACGAUCCCACCGUUGCAUCCACACCUCGCAGCUCGCUGUAGCGUGUCACCUAGAGCAAACAACCACAACCACCCGAUCCCCUGCAGCAUAGCUGACCCAAUGGCCUUGAUACCAUCCUAGGCGAGGCCAGGCCUGUGACUACAGGCUGUCCGAAGCGACCAGCACGCAGUCGGCCGCCGCGUCGACCCCCGAGCAAGGAUGGAGCCUGGCAUCAUCUGUGAUCGAGGGGCAGCAACAACAGCACCCAGAAGCAUGCGCAGUCGACUUCCCGACCAUUCUCUUCCUCGACCCGGCCCUGCUGCAGCACGGCCAGGUGGAGACACCCCUCUGGGCCCCCUCCGUCCCGCCGCCCGUGCUGCAGCUCCUGGGCGACAUGGACGAGAUCCGAUCCUCUGCAGACCGCUUCUUCCGGCACGUCCACAAGUGGAUGCCCUUCAUCUCCAAGAAGCGCUUCUACGACCUCCACCUGCAGCCCGCGUUCCGCUCUCGCCCCGACGUCGUCCUGCUGCUCCUGGCCAUCAAGCUGAUCACCACCCUGCCCCCCGCCGGUGACGGGGACGGGGAUGGGGCCGGAGCGCAGAGUGGAGGGGCCCGCACCCCGUUGUAUUAUGCUGUCAAGCAUUUCCAACUCGAGGUUGAGGGCGCCUUCUCCAUCCUGGUGCUGCAGGCCGGCGUGCUGGUGGCGCUGUACGAGCUCGGCCACGGCAUCUACCCGGCCGCGUACCUGUCGAUCGGCGCGUGUGCGCGCUACGCGCAUGCGCUGGGCAUCCAUUCCGGCAGCACGGUGCCGAGCCGGAGGGUGCUGACCUUGGUUGAGGUGGAGGAGCGGCGGCGGGUCUGGUGGGCGAUUGUGAUUCUUGAUCGCUUUGUGAGCAUCGGCUGUCCGGGACGGCCCUUCGCGACCGCCGAUCCCAGCUUGGACGAUCUGCUGCCCGCGGACGACGCGGCAUGGGACGAAGGGACUGUGCGACACGAGGACCUGUCGACUCUGUCCUCUCCGAUGACGAGCCACAUGAGCAAGUUCGCCCUGCUGUGCCAGGCUGGUCGGCUCCUCGGCCAGGUCCUUCACCACCUCGCCAGUGACGACGACGACGAUGACAACUCAGAAGUCUGGUCGCAGCUCGACCGCACUCUGCAGUCCAUGCUCGCCGCGGCGCUGAACAUCGACCGACCCGACCACGACCAAAUCACCUUCAUAUACAGCGCUCUCGUCGCCCUGCACGCCCCAUCCCUUCUCCUCCCCACCGACCACCCAGCCAGCAACGACCGCGCCCUUCGCGCCCGCGCCGUGCUGGACCAGGUGAUCUCGCGGAUCAACGCCAACCUGGUCGAGCGGCAGUGCUUCCUGGACCGCGACCCGGAGGACAUGUCGCCGUGGGGCCUGUACUUUGCCUACCGGAUCUGCGGCGCGCACUCCCACCACCAUCACCACCACCACCACCACCACCACAUGCGGAACCCGCAGCUGGGGACGACAACGCCGCACGGGACGCCGCGCGGGUGGGCGGCGACUGCGUCGGUCGUGGCUCGCAGUCUCCGCGAGGCCUUCCGCGCCAUUGAUGUGCGCUGGAAGGUGGCAGGGGUGUAUCUGCGGCUGUUGGAGGCUCAGGAGGCGAUUCAUCUGGGUGGAUGAUGGUAAAUUAGUUGCUGAAUAUUUGCGGGGUGAGAUGGAGGUCAGGGCGGAUAAUUGCUCAAUGACUGGGGUGUUCUCAGUGUUCGAAAUCAUUAAGUCUGAUCUAAGGUGCUUCGUAGGAACAAGAUAUGAUGACAAGCGGCGCACACAGCGGUAGGAUCAGCGAGGAGGCUGUAAGCCCACGUCCUUGCCGAAGAUAGAAGUACGGCUUCACGUAAAUCGUUUAUUUUCUCUGAAUUAAAUCCAAGCUCUUCUUGAUCGUCAUACUCUCUUGGGUCAGGCGCGCCAACUCCUGGAAGAUUCAGCUUCGCCACAAGAACUUGGCCGCCUCGUUGGGCUGCCGGCAGGGGAGGAGGUCUAG